AUGAAUAACUGGAUUAAACCAAAACUAGUAUCGGUUAAUACAGAAGAAUAUUUGCCAACUCAGUCCAUAGGAAAUAUAAAAGCUUACACUGAAGGAAUUACUGAGCCAGAAUUCAUUGAUGAACCCAGAGAAGUUUCAAAUUUGCCGUAUUAUAUUGCAUAUCAUCGAAAACUCGCAGACAGAUUGUUUUUACAUGCACGUGGCAAAGAGAAUGGUUUAAAACAUGUGGAUAUAAGAAAAGGUUUCUUGGCAAUAUUUUGGAUUAUAGUAUUUAUUAUUAUCAUGGUCAUUAACAUUAUGAUGGCUUCAAAUCUUUUUGAACAGUACGACUCAGCUCGUGUGGCUACACAGAUUAAAGCUGAACAAGAUGUUAUGAUUUUCCCUGAUGUAACAAUUUGCGCUAAAGUACCAUUUUAUGUGGAUGACGCGAAAGUGAACAAUGAAAAUACAACAGAUUAUGAUUUAAAAACAAUUGAGAAUUUAAUAAGUAAAAAGUUAGGAGAUUCAUCUUUAAAGCAAACUAAAUCUAAUAUUGAAGCUGCUUUACUAAUCCAGAUGGUCAUGAAACAAGAAAAUGAUUUCAUGAAAGCUUAUGAACAUUUUAUUUAUUGUAAAUAUGAUGACAAAGAUUGUUCGUUUUACAAUUUUACUGAAAUAGUUCAUUUACGGUAUAUUCAGUGUUUCACAUUUUCGCCAAAUGAUAAAAUAAUCAGUGGAAAUAAAGGUUUAGAAUUUAUAUUUUAUAAACGUCAUGGUAAAGGGAAACCAUUCGUUAUGUUAAAUGAUCUUGAAGAUGAAUUGUUUUCAUCAGAUAUAUAUGAUGGAAUCAAUGUGAUUGUGCAUAAUCCAGAUACAUUCCCAACUUACGCCUUCAAUUAUUUGCCUACUAGUUUCGCACUUCGAUUUGGUCAGUUAGCCACUGUAGAUGUUUCUGGCUUAAAGUACAAAUCAGACAUGAGUGGUCGAAAGUCAUGCUUUUCACAAAGAGAUCCAUAUCGUUAUGCAAAUUUUCGUGGUGGUGCGAACUAUUUAGAAUAUCGGUACACCUAUGAAGAUUGUAUUGCCAAUAUGAAGCAACGUUACAUAUAUGAGAAGUGUAAUUGUUAUUCUGACCAUUUAUUUGUACCAUUUCGUGCUUCCGCAAAGAAUGGAUCAACAAAUAAAGGUAGUUAUAACACUGAUUAUGAAAAAAAUGAUCAUCAUAAAUUCAGUGAAGGUAGCUCACAACCGAAGUCGUUUCAUUUCUGUCGCGAUAUCCGGCAUAAAACAUCACACGUCUACGGAAUGAAUUUUUAUGUUUUGAACAAUAUCAGCAAAUGCCGACAACAUCUGUAUUAG